AUGCGCCAAAUAUUAUCCACUAUUGAUACAUCACUAUACAAAAUCCCAUCAUACGCUGGUUGCGCAAUUGGCUGUGCUGUUAUUUUAUUGUUAAUAAUCAUGGUUAUAAUCAGAGCAAUCCCACAUAAACCUAAAAAGCCAGAAGAAGGCGAAUCUAGCGGUUCAGGACUCAAUAUUAACGAUCGUGACGUCGAACUUGGUGAAGCUCACGGAAAUGAUACAGAAUCAGCACAAAUCGAUCUAUAUGCUAAUCCGGCUGGUCAAAAUGAGGAUCCACCAAUUAAGGGAAGAAUCGAUGCUAGGCCUAAGGAUCUUAGUAGCGAUGACGAAAUUUAA